AUGCACGAGACGACCAAACCUAACUUAAACGACAAUGUCAAGAAAAAGCAAGUGCAGAAGUCGAUUAAUAACCAAAAAAUCCACGAGUUCCUUCAUCAACAUGUACCUAUCACAAAGUGGCUUCCAAAAUACAAUAGUAAAAUGGCGAUGGGUGACAUGAUAGCAGGUAUCACAAUUGGCCUUACGAUGAUACCACAAAGCAUUGCAUAUGCGUCUCUGGCUAAUUUAUCACCACAGAUUGGGUUGUAUUCAGCACUGAUGGGAGGGUUCAUAUACAUGACCUUCGGAACCGUUAAGCAGGUUUCCAUGGGACCUACGUCUCUAAUGGCUCUACUUACUUACGAGUACACAAAAAAUUUGACUCAGGAAUAUGUGGUGCUUUUGACAUUCAUGUGUGGAAUAGUUGAAAUGUUGAUGGGAUUAUUCAAACUGGGAUUCUUGGUUGAUUUUAUCUCUACACCGGUGACAUCUGGCUUUACAACCGCUACUUCAAUUAUUGUCGUGAUGUCACAAGUAAAGGGUAUUUUGGGCGUGAGGUUUAAAGGGGAUACAGUCAAAGACAUAUCGGAGAAAUUGAUCGAGCACUUCCACGAGAGGAGGAGCGGUGACAUGAUUUUAGGGCUGGGCGCUAUUGUUGUAAUACUAUCAUUGAGGGAAUUACGUAAUGUGCCAGUCAAAGGGAUUAUGAAAAAAGUCUUUUGGUUCAUUUCCUUGAGCCGAAACACAUCCGUCGUUUUACUUGCAAUGUUUAUCACGUAUUUAUUUGAAUCCAGCGGAACUCCACUGCCAUAUUUGACCUCAGACACUGCUAAAACUGGACUGCCGUCAUUACGGUUUCCGCCCUUUGGAUACACGUCAGGGAACACGACUGUCACGCUGCCUGAGAUGUUGUACGAGAUCCGGUCUGCCAUAUUCAUCAUACCACUUGUAUCGGUGUUGGCCAACGUAUCCAUUGCUAAAACUUAUGCUAACGGAGGUAUAGUAGAGGCCACGCAGGAGAUGUUGGCUUUGGGCAUGUGCAACAUAGCAGGGUCGUUCAUUAUGUCGAUGCCCACAUGCGGUGCGUUCACUCGGAGCGCCCUGAGCCAAGCUAGCGGUGUCCAAACGACCUUGUCCAACAUAUACGCCAGCGGUUUAAUAUUAAUGGCCAUCCUGUUCCUCACACCUCAUUUUCAUCUCAUCCCCAGGGCGAUACUAUCCUCGAUUUUGAUCAGUGCUGUAUUGUUCAUGGUAGACUAUCAGAUAGUCAAACCCCUCUGGAAAACUAACCGAGCAGAGCUAUUCGUUACAAUGGUCACACUUUUGAUAAGCCUUUUCUUUACCGUUGAAGUCGGUUUACUUGCAGGCAUAUGUGCAAACAUUAUUCAUUUAGCUCUUAUGUGGUCCAGGCCUAAAUUAAAAAUUGAAUUAAUGAAAUCCAAAGGAGUAGAAUUCGUGUUAAUAACGCCAAACAACGGACUGUAUUUCCCUGCGAUAGAUUAUUUGUACAGAGAAAUCAUGCGAAUCCCAAAACAAGAAGGCUACGCAAAAAUACCGUUGAUCAUAAACUGCGCGCACUUGAAAGGAUUGGACUACACUGCUGCCAAGGGAUUGUGCCUGAUAUCUUCGGAGAUUCAGGCUAAAGACCAACGUUUUAUCGUUUUAAAUGCAUCAGAAAAAAUGCGAUACGUGUGCCGGAAGUCCGGGUGCAAGUCGAUGGUGUUCUGUAACUCGUUCGAUGCACUACCAGCUUCAAUUCUAGGUGAACAAUGCAAAGAAAAAUAUACACUGAAUAACUCAUCGAUGAAGCGUAACGAUACCGUGGCCAUCGACGUUCCGAUCAUGCUGGCCGAAGUGACUCCGUUGUUGAAUGUCAAGCCUCCGAAUGGCAACGACACCAGAGUCGAUAUUUAACAGUGAUAAACGGUUAGAUACCGGAGGUAUACCUGUGUCCAGCACACUCAAAUUUUCUCCCAUUUGACUCCCUUCCUUGAAUUUUUUUAAAACGGUCACUCGAAUUGUCACCCGAUUUUAAAAACAUCGUUCCAUUGAAUUGCCUCCCAUUUUGUUCGACUCCUUGCGUAUUGAAAUAUAAUAUCGAUAUUCGAUAUUCGUAUGUUAUGGGCGGCAAUUCGAGUGAAAAGUCUCCUAGAUUUGGAAGGCAAUUAAUUGCGUCCCUGUGUUCUGUACAUCUAUUAUUAUUAUAUUAAUUUAUAUAAUAUUAUUGUAUUAAACGUUUAUUUAUUUAAUACAAUAUUUAUUAUAAUUAUCGUUAUAUUCUUUAACAUUCGACUGUAAAUACAUUUUUUGUAAAUAAACGAUUAACACGUCAUAAUGUUAUAUGGCUUAUAUGACUUAUAUGUGUAACGGAUUUUCAUUAUUAUAUUGUGCUUCGGCGAUUAUUGUUAUUAUGUA